UCGGGAAAUAAACAGCGAAACCCGAUCAGAAGGAAAGGAACUGGAGAUCGCCCAGGUUGAUUGUCCAACUAUGGAGCUUUUGGUGGACUUCAAGAGUUUGAUAUCUCUCCUGGAACAUUGGAUGGUGUAGGUCACCUGUGGCUUUCUUUUCCUGAAGACACCUUAUUCCAUGGAGAAAUAGGACAAGCCAGGUCCUGCCUGCCAGCUCUUUCUCUGGCCUUUUGAACCUGCCUGAAACCAGUGCGACAGCAUCCUGGCUUGUAAAAUCUCCCCAGUCUAAUCAGUCUGAGGGAAUUCUAUGGCUUCAUGGCUUCUUCCAGGAACUCAGAGGAAGAGCCCCUUCGCAGCCCUUUCCCUCUGACUCCCCCACCAGCUCUGGGGGAUGAGUACUAUCCUUUUGGGGGUGAGGGCCAGCCACCCUUUGUAGGGGAUGCUGCUGCGACUGGAGCUGCGGGGGAAGGGGAUCCUGAAGAUGCAGAUCUGGGGGUGCUGCUUCAGAGGAAAGAACAGGACUUGUUGUUGGCAGCGGAAUUGGGAAAGAUGCUCCUGGAACGUAACGAGGAACUGGAACGACGUUAUGAUGAACUGAUGAAGGAACAUUUGGAAGUCAAAGAGCAUCUUGAACAAGAGAAACAUGAACUCCGGAGGCACCUCGAAUCAGGCCGGGCAGAAUUUGAAAUCCGGACGGCAGAGCUGGAGGCUGACUUGGUGACCACCCGAGCCCAGCUGGGACAGAAGCGUCUAGAACAGCAGGACACCAGUCGAGAGAGCUCACAGGCGGUCUUGGAUCUUUCAGAACAGAACCAACGUCUGGUGGAGCAGCUCAGUCAGGUCACUCACUUGGAGCAGCAGCUCCAGGAAGAUCUGAUUGUAUUACGUGGAGAACAUCGGACUCUGACCCUUUGCAAUGCUGAACAUGCUGCCCGGAUGCAAAGUCUGCAAGCUGAGAAUCGUCUGCUUCAAGAGCGGAAGCAAGAUAUGGAGAAACAGAUCCGUCAGCUUCGUGAGGAGAACGAAGCCAUCCAGGCGCUGGUGGACACGUUGCACGAGAACCUCCUCCUUCUCCGCAAAGAGAGCCGUGAAAAGCAGCUGCGGUUUAAACAGGUAGAAGCGGAAGCUGAGGAACUCCGCACUGCCAAUAGGCGUCUCCAGCAUCAAGUCAAGGAUCUGAAGGAAGAGAUCCGUCUGCAUGAGUUAGAUACCUCUGUUACCUCCAUCCAAUCUGAGAUCGAAAGCAGUUUAGGUGAUGCCCCAGGAGCCCCUGGACAGACACCAAAGUCUAUCUCCCAUGGCGUCAACAAGACUGGUUCCACUCUAAAGAAGGCCUCUCCGAGACCAGAGGAGAACAUCUCUGAAUACACCAAAAAGGUUUCGGCCUUGAGUUCUCAGCAGCAAGAUAUCCUGGCCCAGAAGGAAAUGGAGAUUGCAAAACUCCAUGAUCAGGUGACUUUGCAACACGUGGAACUCAGCGGUUUGAAGUCCGAGAUAGAGAACCAGAGGCGGUUGUACCAAGAGAGCAAUCGGGACAAGGCCUUGAAGUUAGCUGUAGCAGACCGAGAUGAGGCUAUAAUCAAGAAAGGCGAAAUAGAAUUGGAAUUGGCAAAAAUCUCCCUGGAACGCGAUUCGCUGAGCCAACAGUUGCUGCGUGUCAUUCGACAGAAAAUGGCACUUUCCCAGGAACUGGAAGCUUGGCAAGAUGAUAUUCAGUAUAUAAUUCACCAGCAACUUCUCCAGAAACAGCGGGAAGAACGCCACUGCCUCACCCCACCACCAAAGCCACCGACACAAGGCAAGGGUCCUGAAUUAUUUCGGGCUGGUGCCAGCAUGCCCAGUGGCACGGGCUUCUUCUCAUUCUUCCGGAAAAGCUGAAUUGUUGAAGGUUUCCAACAUCAGUUGGCCAAUCUCUGCUCCAAGUUCUAAGAUCACCCUCUUCUGGUGAAUUGGAGACAUGACUCAGCUAAGUGGAUUAUUCCAGAGUGGCAGCUCGAGACAUCUACAGGUCCCAGCACCUAGCUUUUGAUGGAAUGGAGCUAGAAACAUGGCUUCUGAUCCUUCACUUUUUCAUAGAAUCAAGAUUGGUAGGAAGGGGCACAUUAAUCUCACAUCCCUCCCUUGCAAAGAAGAAAUAGAUUACAGGUAGUCCUCGAUUUAGAACCACUCAUUUAGUGACAUUUCAAAGUUGGAACAGCACUGAAAAAUGUGGCUUAUGACCAUUGUUCACAUAAUGACCAUUGUAGUCUCCACUCGGUCAUGAGAUCACAUUUAUGAAGGUUGAUGUGCAAUGAUUCACUUAAUAACUGGCAAGAUACAUCGUAAAAUGGGGCACAAGUCACUGAACAAUUGAUUUGCUAAGGAGUUGGGCUCAAUUGUGGUCCUAAGUCAAGAAAGACUUGUAAUGUUCACUUCUUUCAAGUGGGAGACAACUGCUGGCAAAACAGCAACAUCCCUGGAGGGGGAAAUGAAAAAAAAUCAAGAUGGCAGCUUCACUCCUGCAGCUGCCAUCUUGAAUUUUUGACCCACAUCCCACGGAUACCCUCUAGCAAACUGUUCGUCGCAGCAGACCCUAUUUAACUUUUCACGGUUAAAAAAAGGGGUUGAACUCAGCUGCUAGUAGCUAUGUAGACACAUCUAUUUUCUGGGAAACAUUGAUUAAGCCUCAAGGCUCUCUUCUUGCCUUAAAGAGUGAAUACCAAAGAAUGUAUCCAAGGUUAAUAGGAUAGAUAAUGGAAAAUAAAAGAGAAUCUGGGCCAGAUUCUUAAAAUCCAGGCAGGCAGAGGAGAAGAAGUUGUGAAUUCAACAACACUGGAAGUUUUAAAGAAAAGAUUGGACAGCCAUUUGUCUGAAAUGGGCUAGGGUUUUCUGCCUGAGCAGGGGGCUGGACUAGAAGACCUCCAAGGUACCUUCCAACUCUAAAACAAAUAAAAAAAUAUUUUGUCAAUUCCACCUGAAAUAUUGCAUAGCUCAUGGGCAUAAGAGUCUCCCUUCAAAAUGCACCAGUAUUAUACUCUGCAAUGAAUUAGAACAGAGGUCUUCAAACUUAUGGACUUCAACUCCCAGAAUUCCCCAGAAGCAUGGCUGACUGAGGAAUUCUAAGAAUUGAAGUCCACAAGUCUUAAAAUUGCCCAGUUUGGAGACCCCUGCAUUAGGAUGUCCUCUUGAAUAAGAUCAACCUAUACCAGCCUCCCUCUGGCUGUGUUGGGACUAUAAAUCCUAGAAUUCCUAGCCAAGACUGCCAUAUUCCUGGGAAUUCUGGACACUGUGGCCCAGUAUUUCUCAGCUUUGACAGCUUUUAAGAUGUGUGGACUUUAACUCCCAGACUUUCUUAGCCAGUUAUGCUGGCUGAGGAAUUCUGGGAGUUGUAGUUCUACAAUCUUAAAGUUGAGAAACACUGCUGUAGCCCCUACUCAUCCGGAGAACAUCAAAUCAGGGAAGGCUGACUGAGGUUUUCUCUAUAAAUUGCUUUUUAUAAAGUAUAUAUAUUUGUGGCUUCCAAAAAAUUCUGCAUACUGUAUAUUUCUGCAAAUGAGCUUCAGUCAUGUUGCAGGAACACCAGCAGAGGGCAGUAAUGCUCUUUCCUCUUCCUCCUCCCUUUUCUCUUCCUGUUGCAUGCAAACAAGAAACAACAAGAAGAUACUAUUUUGCACAUAUAAUUUCUACUGCUAUUUAACAUACAGAAGAAUAUAUAUAAAUAUAUUUCGGUUUCAAUACCAAAGCUGACAUGCCUGAUCCAGACAGAGAUUUAUUUAUCUAUGAAGAAGAAAUUCUAUAUUGCUAUAGAGUAUUUUUGUUGUAAAUUUGUUAAUACAAAUUUAAUAAAUGGAACUUGCUCUUCA